UUGAGUCUAGUGAGGUCGUCUCCUGUAAAUAAUACAUCUUCCACAUAGCUGUAGUGGCACACUGUGUUGUUUCACUGAUUUUGCCAUGGGGAACAGAUGUAUGUGACUGUAGUUAGUGUACUGCACAGGGCGGCACUCUACUGCCAACCUGCCCGCUCAUAAGCAUAAGACUUUAGCGUGAUAACUUAGCUGGUUAGCAUUAGCUAGCCAUUUAGCUAAUCAAAGAUUAACUGGCAUUGCGGGACGAACCCUGCUCGUUUUCUGAAGCCUGUGUCUAACCGAGGGUGACAUUUGAAAUGACACGCGUCUACAGCCUUUAACCGCGGUGUCAAAGAUCGCUGGUCAGACUUACCUUGAUGUUGGACCUCUUGUCUAGCAUGCAGCCAUGAGCUCUGUCUUAUGGAGCCAGGAGAAGCCCAGUGGGGGCUUCAGGGAGGACUGGCGCUUUUACAUGGUGGUGAAGGAGUGUACAGUGGAGAAGCCUCCCCAGAAGACCCUGAGGAUCCCCCGUGGCAGUCUUGGCCAAGCCUGCCAGGAGCGCAAUAGCCUGGGACGAACACUGCCCCCCUGCAAAGGCAAGAAGAGUCUUCGCAUUCUGGACCAGACCAAUGUGGUGCUGAGUCUGGAUGAGCGGGAUGUUCAGGAACUGGAAGAGAAGCUGGCUGAGUUACUGUUCCCCAUUACCAACUGUGAGGAGAGAUAUGCCUUGCUCUGCAAUGACCCACGGCUAGCACGCUGCUAUGAAAUUGACUGUGGCUCCAAGGUUCAUGUUCAGUUACGCUCUGGGGAUGAACCUCUGCCUGGUGUGGUCCGUUUCAAGGGCUCGUUGCUCCCUGACAGGGCCCUCUCUGGAAUAUGGUUUGGAGUCGAGCUGCUGGAGGAGGGCCGGGGCCAGGGCUUCACGGAGGGUUCCUACCAGGGCCGUCAACUUUUUCGCUGCGAGGAGGAAUGUGGUGUGUUUGUGGCCCUGGACAAACUUGAACUCUGGGAGGAUGACGAUGAUGACGUAACAGGCGAGCUUGAGGUGGACCAUGUCAAUCUAGUGGAAGAGGAUUUCCCUCCACUAGAGAUCAACUCUAGGGUUCUGGUGCAGACCAGGGACGGACCUGAGAGAGGCACUAUAAUUUUUUGUGACUUGCUGCCAGGAAAUGAGAGCCUGGGAUUUUAUGUUGGCGUUGACAUGGACAAUCCUAUCGGGGACUGGGAUGGUGUAAUUGACGGGAAGCUGCUGUGUAAUUUUGCCAGUUUGGAACACACUCGACUUGUCCCCAUCUGUGACGUAAUGCCAGAAUAUUCCAUGCAGGACCAAAGGCUUUCGAAGCACAGUUUUGCCCCCAGAGCCACCAACAGUGACAAGUUGUCCUCUGGCCAAAGCAAACCAAAGAGCAAAGGAAUAGGUCAUCAGUGUGGCAGUAGGAGCAAGUCUGAAUUUUACUAUACUUUAAAUGGCAGCUCUGUUGAUCCCCCAGCCCAGUCCAAAUCCAAAAGCACAUGGUACAUUGAUGAAGUUGGGGAAGACCCAGCCAAGUCACUUACUGACACGCCUCCCGACUUCAAUCAAUCCUCCCCGCCCUCCAGAGCCCCGCCCUCUGUGUCGCUGUCCAGUGACAACAAGUUCCACUCUCUGCCCUUUAGUCUGAACCGUAAAACCGGGCCCAUUGACAAUAUGAGCCAUGGGCCCCUCUCCCUCUCCGUCCAGUCCGUGAUGGGAGACCAACAUGAGCCCCCAUCGCCUGCUGCGCCUCCGUCACCACGACCUCCAACGCCUCCUCGUGGGCAGCCAGGCCUGGAGGUGGGCUCUCUGGUGGAGGUGAAGGAGAACCCUCCUCUGUGUGGUGUCAUCCGUUGGGUGGGUCUGCCUCCUGGCCUGUCGGAGCCUUUAGCUGGACUGGAGCUGGAAGAAGAGUGUCCUGGUUGUACUGAUGGCACCUUCAAAGGCACACGGUACUUCACCUGUCCACCCAAAAAAGCCUUGUUUGUGAAGCUCAAGUGCUGCCGACCUGACUCCCGCUUCCCGUCCUUGCACCACUCCUCCAAUCCCAUAGAGAGGUGCAACUCCAUCGCAUUUGGAGGUUACCUGAGUGAAGUAGUACAUGAGAACACACCUCCCCGCACAGAACAUGAUGGUUUGGAUGUCAUGGUGGGAAAAAAGAAAGGCAUCCAGGGCCACUACAACUCUUGCUACCUGGAUUCUACCCUCUUCUGUCUUUUCUCCUUCAGCUCUGUCCUGGACACCGUUCUGCUCAGACCUAGAUCAAAGACAGAUGUAGAGUAUUACAGAGAGACUCAAGAGCUGUUACGCACAGAGAUAGUGAACCCCCUUCGCAUACAUGGGUACGUGUGUGCCACCAAAGUGAUGAAGCUUAGGAGGAUACUGGAGAAGGUAGAAGCUGCCUCUGGGUUUACAUCUGAAGAAAAAGAUCCAGAAGAGUUCCUUAAUAUUCUUUUCCAUCAUAUACUGAGGGUUGAUCCACUGCUCAAGCUGAGGUCAGCAGGACAGAAGGUCCAGGACUGUUACUUUUACCAAAUUUUCAUGGACAAAAAGGACAAGGUUGGAGUUCCUACGAUUCAGCAGCUCCUGGAAUGGUCCUUCAUCAACAGUGACCUAAAGUUUGCUGAGGCUCCCUCCUGCCUUAUCAUCCAGAUGCCCCGUUUUGGCAAGGAAUUUAAAAUGUUUAACAAGAUUUUCCCUUCACUGGAGUUAGACAUCACAGAUCUUCUUGAAGACACUCCAAGGGAGUGCCGAAUCUGUGGAGGCUUGGCUCUCUAUGAGUGUCGAGACUGCUACGAGGACGGGGACAUCACUGCUGGCAAGAUUAAACAGUUCUGUGAAAAGUGCAAUACGCAGGUUCACCUCCAUCCGAAGAGAAAAACCCAUCGGCAUGGCAAACUGUCUGUUCCCAAGGAGCUACAAGAAGGUAUGGGUCGACAGGGCAGUUUUCCCCGUCAGAGGAUGGAGCUGUUUGCCGUGCUCUGCAUUGAAACCAGUCACUACGUGGCCUUCGUCAAGUAUGGCAGCGCAGAUUCUGCCUGGCUCUUCUUUGACAGCAUGGCAGACCGUGAUGGAGGACAGAAUGGAUUCAACAUCCCCCAGGUGUCCCCCUGUCCGGAGGUUGAGGCCUACCUGAAAAUGACCCCGGAGGAGUUACACGCACUAGAUCCCAAGAGCAUCCAAGGCCAGGCCCGACGGCUGCUGUGUGAUGCCUACAUGUGCAUGUACCAGAGCCCGACCAUGAGCCUGUACAAGUAAAAACCCUCUCCACAAA